AUGGGAUUGCCUGUUGACGACGGGCACACACAGCUCACAGAGGAUCAGAUAUGGGGUGAGCAUGGCGUGCUUCUCAGCAGAAUACCGCUGCCAUCGUUCACAGGAGUGUCCCUCGAGGGCAUAGUGAACCAGGUAGAGAGGCUUUGCUCGUUGCAGAAGAUGUGUGAGGGAGUUCUGAAGACAUUCAGCAAGCAGGAGACGGCUGGCGAUGCUGAGGAAAGUCGUGCCUACCGGAAGCUUAAGAACAUGAAAGAUGCGCUCAGGUGGGACGAGGAGUGUUUCAUGACGGACUCAAUUGAUAAGGCAAUUGCGCUUCUAGAGAAAGAAUGUGCACGGAUCAGCGAGAGAUUCAACGCAAUGCUUGAAGAGUUUAGUUAUGCCAAGGCAGAGUGCGAGAAGUUGCAAAGGCUUACAAGGGGGAGCCUGAGUGAAAUCAGCCUGAACAUCAUUGUUGAGAAUGACGAGCAUUAUGAGUUUCUAAAGGUGCUUUAUGUUGUGGUGUCGAAGGGAAGGAUGAAUGAAUUCAGAAGAAUGGUUGAUGAGUCGCCAUACAUUUCUGAGGAUGCAGUUGUAAGCAUAAGCAGCGACGAAGAUUAUUGCCUAUUCAAGCUUUAUGUGCUGCUGCACAACGAGGACGAAGUCCGGAGCGCAAUACACAUGGGUGGAUUUACAAUCAAGGAGCUGGACGAGGAAGGAACAUCGUGCACGCAGAUUACAAGGGAAAGGCGAGCUGCCGAAGAGAGAUACUCGUCAUCGGAGGGAUGCCUUAUAAGGUUUAUACAUGUGAAUCUUGAUGAUGCACUGAAGAUAUUAAUCCAUACAAAGCUGCUCAAGCUGUUUGUGGAGUCUGUGUAUAGAUACGGGCUUCCCACUGAGUAUGCAUUUUUUGUGGUGAGCGGGGAAAAGACAAAGAUUCUCAAACAGCUGGUGCCGAUCGCAAGAGGCUGGCCAUCAGAAAGAAUUGCAUACGACGAUGAAGGAGACAUUAAUGAUGAAGAGGAUGUCUUCUUUGCACUAGAAGAGCUCGAUAUCAACCGGAACGAUGACUAG